AUGUCCGUUUCUAGCAGUUACGAAGCUGGUGACGCGGUCGACGCUCUCGUUGAUUCGUGCUGGUGGGAGGGCCACGUCACGGCUGUGUGGGGAGAAAACGUCAAGGUAUCCUUCAAGAGUCCGCCAGAAGGAGAGGGAGGAGUUUUGACCGUCAACUUCAAGGACUUGCGGCCAACACUGGUCUGGAGUGACGGCAAGUGGACACUUCCUGCAAGUGAAAGCAGCUCCAAGAGACAGAUAGGCUUGUUUGAAGACGCAAGAGGGCACAUCAUCCUGGACGAAGACUCUGAGAAACUUGACCAACUUCAGGCAGAAGAUGACCGUCUAGAGUCAGAAGACCAGCCAGAGAAGGAUAGCGCAUCGGCAGCCGUUAAUCCCUUUCCCAGUCUCACGGACGAAGACAUCCGGCAAGGGUUUGAGACGCUGCUCGGUCACGUCCCCCGGGCAACUCACCCGGGCGUGCAGCAGCUGGGCCUCCGGGGCUUCUUCAAGCAGAAGGUCAUUGAGAUGAAUGCCCGGGAACUCUUUCCUGGAUCGGCCGGAUGUGAUCACCAGGUUCUCGAGGCGCAGCAUGCUGAAAAGAUUGGCGAAGACACUGAGUGCUUGGGGGAAAGGAAAGUAAGUGCUGAUGAGCAAGAAAGCGGGGCCCGGAGUCAGCCUCAGAGGACAAAAGCCAAAACGGCGACACAUCCUGAGCCGCAGAACAGAGACGGAAAGUACGCUGAUCCUAAGAAAGUCACCGUGACGUCAGCACAAAAAGCGGACCGGAUCAUCCGCAAUCUGCUCGAGCGGUGGGAGGACGCGAGCCUAGCAGAAAUCGCCACGGCCUUCGAGUCGAUCAACGGUUUCACUCUCAGCGGUCCGGAAGAAGAAACAGAGGCAAAAUCUAAAAGCCGCUACGAAAAACAGUUCCUCAGAAUGCAAGAGACGGGCCAGCAAGUCAAGUGGACUUACCGGACGGACACGCGCCGCGGCCGCACCGUGAGCCGCUGGGUCCUGCGGCUGAGACCCUGGCCCGAGGCGCGUGCCGGUAAAGCGCGCGAGCGCGACCGGGGGGGCGCCCGCAAAGGAGGCGCGCAUGUGGCGGGACUGGAGCCGCGCGCCGCGGCUGGCGAGGUGCGCGAGCGCCACAGCGCGGGCGUUCAGGGAGAAGGCGCACACGUGGCGGGACUCGAGGCGCGCGACGCGGCCAGCAAAGUUGCCGAGCGUCAGAGCGCAAUCGAGGUCCCCAAAGGAGGCGCGCGCGCGGUGGGGCCUGCGGCGCGCGGCACCGCUGGCAACGUGCGCGCCGAGCGUGGGAGCGGCGAAGAGGUUCGCAACGGAAGCGCGCGUGGCGCUGGACUCUCCGCGGCGCAUACCGCUUCCGGCCACGUAAGUUCCGAGCGCGACAACGGAAGCGUCCGCAGCGGAGGUGCCCGCGGCCCCGGCCAGCCGCGGGUGACGUCCAAAGCGGAAGCGAUGCGCGUGAUCCGGCCGCUCCUGGAGCGCUGGGAGAGCGUAAGCACGGCGGAGGCCGCGCGCGCGUUUCUCGCACUUGCGGGUUGGCGGCCGCGCUGGCGAGCGGACGGGGCCGUGAGGUUGAAGGCCUGGUACGAGGAACGUAUCCGCAAGAUGAAACGGCUGGGGAAGCGGUACGUGAGAAUCAAGGCCAAGAAGAAGGACGAAAAGAACAGGAGAGGCGCGUUUGAUUACCGUUUCAGGCUCUGGCCCGACGACUGGGCUCGCCUCCAAGCGACAUUCGGUGCGAAGAAACCGAAAGCGUCGGAGAGCGCGCACGCGGCCGCGCGGAACGAAGCUCCAUCGCCUGCAAUGGUCAUCGCGAAGAGAAAGAGAACGAGGUUUGGAGAAGCGCCAGAGGCGGUCAACGCGAGGGCGACAGCUGUCAAGAGAACCGAAGGAAAUGCUCGGUUGGACGAAGCAGGGGAGUUUGCAAGACAAAAGAGACGCUUUUCGGUCACGGAAGAGGACGGGUUGUGCGACAGGGCAAUGUUUGGUUCUGUUGAGCUGAGAGUCUUGAAGGGCUUCAGAGAGCGAGAGCCGGAGAGGAAGGCUUGCAGUAACGGACUACCAGUAGAUGGCAACUUGCAAAGCGUUCGAGAAGCAAACAGAGACAGGCCCGUGGAAAGUGCGGGGAUGAGCAAGGAGGGAGCUGCAAAAAGGAGACCGGAAGAGACCGGAGCGCGUCGCGAGGUCUGUCAGGAAAAUACGGCCAACCUGGACUCAGACGGUCUGAACGAAGACGACUUUCUUCACUUCUGCUUCCAGGUCCGCGGCCGGGGCGAGGGGGCCUGCGGACGGUCCGAUGGUCCGGUCACUCCGGAACACCAGAGCGCAUGGUUGCGGGAGCUCGGACGGGAAGUGUCUGGGAACGAGAACGGAACGCGUGCCGAAUUCCGGUCUCCGGUUCUGGUCCCCACGCUCGGCGGUAGCAAAGGAUUGCAGCCAAACGGAAGCAAAGUCGUUCCAGGGCUUCAUUCGGAGGAUAGUCCAGACAUUUGGGGCGGGGUCGAGCGGCAGCGGCCAGCCGCGGGCGGCACGCGCGUACUGAAGACAUCAAAGGGGUUUGCGCAAAGGCGCGGCGAGCCUAGCGCGGGCGCGCAAGCCGAAGCGCGCGUCCACGGCGCGGAGGCAGCAAUGGAACGGAUGCGCACAGCGCUGCGCGGCAUGACCAAAGCGUCGACUGCGUACGUCCGGCAGGUAUUCCGCUGCGUAACGGGCUGGGUUCCGGCGGAAGAGUCCCUGGAGGAGAGCGGCUGGAGAGUGAAGGACUGGUACAAGACGUCCUUUGAGGAGAUGCUCGCUGCCGAGGAGGUCAUGGUGCGCGAGCGCGACGCGUCGGUUCCGGGUGGCUUCCGGUUCCGGCUGGAGGCCUGGCCGGAAGAGAGUGCGGCUGACGAACGGGCAGGCGCUGACCGGAACCGGAACGGCGGAGAAAAGCGGAAGCGGUCUCAGGAGAACGACGAAGCAAUGAAAGCAGGGCGGUCGGAAGGGCUCCACGGGACAGAGGCUUUGAUUGGCUCUACCGGUCACGCCGCUGAUCACGUUGAGGAGGCGGCCAGAGAACUGAAGUCGAUAGAUAGCAACCGGUUAGAAGGAGCCCGAGUCUUGGCGGAGUUGCGCGUUCAGAAGAGAAAGAGUGCAGAAUAUGUGGACGGAGACCUUCGGCUGAAUCGGAUCAGAAGGACGAUGGCGGAGCAGACUGGUGGAUCACCGCAAGUUCGGGCUGCUAAUCCCCUAGUGUGCUUGUCGGAUUAG